AGACAAUACAAGUUACAAUAGUUAGAUAAUCUAUGAUAACAACUAUUGUUCUGUUUAAUCUGUCGUCAAUGGCCGCGAGAGGAAUGCUGUUGUGACUGCUAGAUUGCAAAUUAAAAUUCGUUUAAUUCUCAUAAAAACAUUCGUUUACAUUUUGUUAACCGAGAAGAUAUGUGACUAGAUCCUGGUGAUAGAAAUUAGAAGUGACUAGGUAACCAUUAUGGACGUAGACGAUUCGGCGGUCGACCUGAGCGUCAGGGCAUUGCCACCCGAAUUGAGCGAGUUGAGGGCUCUGACGGCUAGUGGGCUGACUAUUACGCCUGCACAACCACCACCACAUGGCUCGAGCGGCAAGCGGGUGCUUCGCCCUCGUUCGGAACAGCGUAGCUAUGCGGAGAGCCCUGAUAUUGUUUUGCUGCCGGCUGCACCACCGCACCGCAAACCAUCUAUGCCUAGUCCUGCGCCAUUCACAGAUGUAAGCAGCAAGCUGAACUCGGGCGGUGUGAACGUGUCUAUAACGCCGAGCACGCUGCCCGCGCCCGCGCCGGAGUCGCCCCGCGACCCGCGCGACGAUGAGGACUCGGAAGAAGAUGAGAAUGAACCACCCCUACCGGUCGCUGGACACCGAGAGCUGUCUAGCGCGGAGAUAUGGGAGCGCGAGCGGCGCCUGCGCACGCUGCGGGAGAAACUGCGCGCCGAGGAGACGCGCCUCGUCCUGCUCAGGAAGCUGCGGCAGUCGCAGCAAGCUACCGGCCUGCCGCCUGCUAAGGACUCUGCGACUGGCACGGCGCUGGCAGGCAGUGGGUGUGUGGUACCCCCCGGAGUAACGGUCACGCCCGCGCCUCCACCAGCUCACCAACAGACUAAGCGUACAAGUAGCAGUACCCCAGCGGCGGCGGGAGGCAGCAGUAACUCGUCCCGACGUACGUCGAGCCUGCCCGGCGGAGCCACUCUUACGCCCGGACCUUAUCGCUCUCAGUCUUCGACAAGUGGUGGUGCAAGCAUAACGCCGUCAGUGACGAUCACGCCGGCCCCUCCGCCCAGCAGUCAGCAUGCGUCUUCUAAUAAGGCAAGUUCCCGUAGCUCUGAGGACACGCAGACUCCGGCGCAGCGACAGGCCGCCGCUAAACUUGCGCUGCGGAAACAACUCGAGAAGACCUUACUGCAGAUCCCCCCACCCAAACCCCCACCACCAGAAAUGAACUUCAUCCCCUCGCCCAGCAACACCGACUUUGUCUACUUGGUUGGGCUGGAACAUGUCGUUGACUAUCUUACUAAUGAAGACCGCAUGCCGCGGUCGUCGGUGCCUGCGGUCUGCGCGCAGUGCGGAUGCGACUUCACGCCGGUGUGGCGCUGGGAGCGCGGGGGCGCGGGGGGCGCGCGCCGCCACGACGCCACGUUCACGCCCGCGCCCCCGCCGCCCUCCGCGCGCAGGCUCUGCGAGCUCUGCGUCAGCGGGAACGUCAAGCGGGCGCUCAAGGCGGAGCACACGGCGCGGCUGAAGACAGCGUUCGUCCGCGCGCUGCAGCAGGAGCAGGAGAUCGAGCGGCGCCUGGCCGCGCCCGCCGCCUCCCCGCCGCCCGCGCCCCCGCCCUCCCACCACGCCGCGCCCGCCCACGCCCACGCCGCGCCCGCGCCCCCGCCCGCGCAUGCGCACGCGCAUCGCCCGCUGCAGAUGUCAGUAUCCCGCAGUACGUCUCGCGGUGGAUCCACGUCAUCUCCGGCGCCCAGCAAGACUCCCGCCCCACCGCCCGCGCCUAGAACGAUGUCAUCCUCGGAUUCGCUUCGCAGCCACCACUCUGACCGCUCCAGAGAACCCAGUGAGGUGCCAGCCAAGAAAGGAAAAGGCUCAUCAUCGAGCAGCACCAGUCAGAAUAGCAGUAGCAGUAAACAGCACCAGCUGGCGGCCGUAGCGGCGGCGCAGAUGGCCUUCGAGCAACAUAGCGCCGCCGCCAUGCAGGCGCUGCAGCAUCAACUGCUCAGGGGUCUGUCGGGCGCGGGCGGUACGUCGGGCAUGUCCCCGGCGGCGGCGGCGGCGGCCAUGAUGCAGUUCUCCCCGCUGCUCUAUACGUACCAGCUGGCCAUGGCGCAGGCCUCCGCGCUAGGUAAGCGUUCCGGUAAGGGAGGCAGUAACUCUGGCGGGGGCGCCGCCAUGGCCGCGGAAAUGCAACGCGUCGCCGAGGCACAGAGGCAGUAUCUACUAGACAUGAUACCCGGACAACAUACUAGGAAUCCCUGGACCAAGAAUUAACAACUUUAUGAAGAUCAACAAUGAAUUCAAGUGAAAGUAGACGAUUGACGGCGCAGUGAUAUCGUAACAAUAAAUACAACGUAAAUCUCACACCAACCACCGCCCUGAAGUCAGGCACAAAGAGUGAGCGAGACAUAAACAGCACAAAUUCCUAAGAGCAACAAAGACAGCUACCACCAAACUUCAGAGCGGUGAAGUUGAUUGUGUUUCGUACAUGUCAUUAUGACGUUUUACGACAGUGUGAGAGAGACAGAACAGAGUGUUCCCGUCUCUUUUACACUUUCAAAAUAAUAGCUAUAACUAUUAAAUGUUAUGAUUUCUUUGUACAUAAUUAUAUGUACGGUAUUCGGCAAAUGUGAAAUUUAAUGGACAACAAAAGUUUUGAAUUUUUGGAUUUUAAAAGAAAUUAUUGGGAAUUAUAGUUUUAUUUUAAUUGUUUUAAAAUUUUAAACAAAUUGUGUUCAGUUUUUGACCGCCAUGUGUGUACUAAAAGUGAAAACUAAUCAUUAAUGGUUAUGAACUAUUUAGUUUAUCGGAUGGUGUUUUUUAACUAAAUAUCAUACGUAAAUAUGAUUAAAACUGUGACACAGGCUUGCAAAUAUUUGUAUUAAAACGUCUCCAAAAUGUUCACAGCACAGCGGUCAAAAUAAAUAAAUAAUUUACUAAUAACAAAUUGGUUUAAGGAUGAAAAAAAAAUAGCUAGAUUUCAUACAUUCUUUGAGAAUCACACCGUAAGAAUGCAUUUCUAAGAGAAUCUAGAUUUAAAUAGUAUAUAAUUAGGAACUAAGGAUAAUUUUUCAACGUCUUUCAAAGCGAUGCACAAGUUUUUAAAUACGUAAAUGGCUUAGAUUAGGUUAAAAUAAAAAUAUCAACGAUAAACAGUUUUGUGCUAAUAACUUUAAUAAGAUCUCAAUAGAUGGCAUUGCUGGGCAAACCGUUGAAUUUUUAAAAUGUAUUUGUAAUGAUUUUUUAAUCUAUUUUCGCAAUUUUUUUAUCGUCGUCUGUCUGAAACUUUUUAACUCUAUAUUUUUUCUAAUUGAUCAAUUUCAUGUGCAUUUUAAAGCUGUUUUAUAAUUAUUGAGAGAGUUUUUUUAUUAACCUGUAUGUCAUGGCCUUAUAAAUAUGAUAUCUCUAUUAAAAUCAAACGCUAAUAAGACCUUUUUCAAAGUUAUAAAAUAUCCUGAUUGCAUGAGGAAUUAACAUAAUUAUUUAUGUAUGGACUAAUUUUUGUAUUAACACAUUAUUUGGCAGAACAUUUAAACAAGCGGGACCUAAUAAUUAAUUAUUAUGCUUACUCGCAUAACAUUUGACGAGAAACUCUAGUCCUUUUCCUUUAAAAUAAAGGCGUGUUUUGAAGGUUCUCACAAGUAAAAAGAUAUGCAUGAGCAGCAUUACUUAAUACGAUUCCGCGUCCAAGAGGGCCAAAUCUCGUUUUAAUGUGUCUAGCGUUAUAACACAAAAAUAGUAUUUUUUUUUUCAAUUAUGUCUCAUAUAACGCCAUUAAAGAGAUUAUCAUUUUUUAUAACUAAUUUUAAACUGAAGCUUUAUCUUGACUGACUCUUAUAUUGAUUCGGUGAAGGUCGAUCUUCCUUCAACGUUUUGGUAUCAUUAGCAAAAAUGAAAUGUGCAUACAUUUAUGGCUUAUUUUUAUAGAAUGAAAAACAUUGGUGUG